UAUUCACCAUCGUUAUCACGGGACUGCUAGCCACAUUUCUAGCAAAGUUGCUGCGUCCUGCGGAAAAGAACCGCUCUCCCAAGACACCUCCCGGACCGCCAUCUUGGCCUUUACUCGGAAAAUUGAGCUUCUCAUCUUACCGCAUUCCCCUGAAGGAAUCUGUUGAGUGGUCGAAAAAAUACGGUCCCGUUGUAAGACUGAAACGAGGUUCUGUCGACAUCGUGAUCCUCAGUGAUAAUCAGCAGAUUAAGGACAUUUUCUCAAGGCCGGAGCUCCAGGAUCGACCAACCAACUGGGGUCUCAGCUCUGCCCAAAAAGGUUUCUCGACCUUCAGUGGACCGCAAUGGAAAGAAAACAGGGAUUUCACAAUGCGAGCAUUGGCGAAGAUUGGAUUCGGAAGUGAGAUCAUGCGGAAGCACAUACAGUUUGAAGCCAGCCAUCUAGCAGACACUUUGGCUUCGCACCAUGGUCGUCCAGUGGCGAGCUUCGUGUACGGGCAUAGAAGCCACAUCAACUCUAUUUGCCAGUUCCUGCUGGGAUACCGUUAUAAUUUGGAUGAUCCGCGGUUCGCCCCGCUGCAGGAAGCUAUGUCCAGCUUUACACUGCAGACAGCGGCUGCACCUGUCGAGCACCGAGCGGCUUGGUUGCGACGUACGCUGAUAGAACCUCUCUGGCCCAGCUCAGUCAGCGCAAAGCGCCGACAUAAGAUAUCCAAACUCAACGCCGUGCUCAGAGAAUUAGUGGAGAAAAACGAGGCGACCAAGAACAGUGGGCGGACGAAAAGCUAUAUCGACCUGUACAUGGAAAAGAUUCGCGAAGCGGAGAAUCACCACGAAGGGUAUUUCACAGUGGAUACACUGGUUGGAAACAUGGUUGACAUUAUGAUGGGUGCGGCCACCAGCGGCAACUAUUACCUACACUGGCACCUGCUCAACGUAGUCAGCCGCCCUGACACGCUACAAGCUGUUUUGCAACGAGAGAUUGACGCCGUUGUAGGCAGUGAUCGCUCACCACGCUGGGAAGACCACACAUCGAUGCCACUCACCAUGGCCACCAUUUGGGAAAUGUUCCGCUGGAAGGUGGCCACACCAUUCAACGUACCGCGCGCUGUGGAAAAAGAUACAAACAUCGGUGGCUACGACGUCAGGAAGGGCACCGUGAUAUCUCCAAAUCUGAUGACAGCCCACAGAGACCAUAAAUUAUGGGAGAAUCCGGACGAAUUUGAUCCUUCGCGGUUCUUGAAUCCCGACGGCACUGCCAGGACAACGAGACCUGACGGUCUGCUUUCGUUUUCCUUUGGGCGGAGGGCGUGUCCAGGCGAAAACAUGGCCAUGGUUGAGAUGUACCUAUACCUGACCACGCUGCUGCAACAGUUCCGCAUACUUCCCGAAGACGACAAGCCAAUCAUCAUAACGCCAUUUGGUCCGUCAUCAGAAUUGAGGGACACGAAGCUACGGUUUGUUAAACGCACCCACAAAUGAGAUAGAAAAACGCUGUCGAUGAUUUCAGGUGUAAUUUGAAAAAGUCUGCGCAUGAGUCUUGAAGGCAUUUGAUUUGUUCCAUAAUAUCGCUCAUUUGCUUUGGGCAGAAGACGUUGAUUUGCAGACGUUAUUAAAAAAAUACACUGUGCGUUUGUUUAUACAAUACUCAGUGAGUCCGAAAUUUCAAAGUUGUGAGGAACAUAUCGGUAAUAAAAUAUAAUUAAAAAUACCGUCAUGCUGUAGGUAACUUUAUUUCAUUGGCAAUCUACCAAAUAAAAGCGAACAACUGCAUGAAAGUAAACACCGCAUUUGUUAGGUAAAAACUCUUAGAAAAAGGUUUGAUUAGUGCACAAGCAACACCAGAUACCAAAACAGAUAUGAACUUUAUAACAAGCAGCAUUACGGCAACAGUAAAUGUCAUUUAUUCGAAUAAGGUGUGCUGUUGCUUAAAAUAAUUAU